AUGGAGAGACUGACAGGAGGUCCUCACUCCGCGGGCCCUCCGCGACUGCCUUUUUCUUCAUCGCCAUCCACCCCGCUCUCAGUAUCUUCAUUUUCUGCAGUGCAUGCGUCGCGGUCCCUUUCGUCUUGGCGCCUGUUAUGGAGACUUCGCGCGAUCUGCCAUCGCUGUUCGUCUCUCGUUGUAUCUCUACUCUUCGUUCUGCUCCUGUGCGUUCCCGAGUUGACCGAAUGCCUCGGACCCCCCACGUUGCGCUUUCACCGCCACACGCGCGCCGCCAGGAAGUGGAAAACUGGAGCAGAUGGCCGUCAGGAAAGGGGAGCAACAGGGAUUUCUUCGCUCCUUGAGCAGCCCGUUUUUCGAAAGCCCCGGCGUCUGCGUCCAUCGCAGACGUUUUUCCGUCUCUCCCCAGAUGUCUCGCUUCAGGGCGAGGCGUCGUCUCUAUUCGCGAUUCCCGACCGAAACGUGAAGCAUUUCCAACUGUCUUUGUCUUCUCUCAAGCAGAUUGCGAGAGAACGGCUUGCAGAGACACCAGGAGAGAUUCGAAGGCCAGUGCACAGUGACUUGCAGAAUGAUGGCCGUGUGGAGAGUGUUCACACUCCACCUUUCGCUCCAUCUUCACCUCUGGUCUCCUCUCCGUCCUCCGAUUCGGUUCCCCUAGCUCCUCCAUCUGCGUUUGCGCAAACGCAGAAAAAGGAGACAGCUUCACCGGGCAAAACAUCUGAGACAAAGAAUGCACUCGCGUUCCUCGGAGUGCCUGCGGUCGUCUCGGAACGAAAUCCGCCAGUCUUGAGCCGCACAGCUUCAGCCUCCGCUCCCAGUACACAAGAGGAGGAAUUGGCGAAAGCCAACUCGCUUCCGCUGUGCGAGAUACAGUGGGAUAUACUCGGGCCUAUGCUAGGGUCGGGUUCAUACGGCGGCGUUUACCCGCUUCUCCAACCGGCUUGUCCUGACGUGACGAAGAGCUUUGUGGGUCGAAAGUUCGCUGUCAAAAUUUUUCGGCUGAAAAGGGCAGGGAUUAUGGCGCACUUUGAUAGCAUCAGUGACGGCAAAGCGCCUCAAACAGACACCGAAACGCUUCACGCCAUCGAAUCCCAGAUCAGAGCAAUUCCCGCCUCAAACUCGAUUUAUCAGAAGAUGGUGCGGGUGAUUGACCCAAGCAUUGACGCUCAGAAAACAAAGAACUACGCAGGCUCUCUGACGCACGACAUCGUCCUGACGGAGUCGAAUAAGCUUCGAGCUGUUAUUAAUACGCAUUCGUUCUUCUCGGAGCUGUGUGAGACAGGCACUAUUUUCCAACAGAUGGAAACCUUCAUCAAGCGAAACCGGCCGGAUGUGUGGACUGCGCUUGAGGGGGCUAGUGAAGAAGCCAAGGCUUCAAAGUACGCAGAGAUUGGUAUCGCGGAGAAUCACUGGAGCCUUCCUUUGGCGCGCGUUGUCGUCAACGACACGAGGGGUAUCAAGCACUGGGGUUUGCUCAUCGAACUUCACCAUGGCGAUUUGGAGCCCAAGGCGAAAAAGCGCGGAUCCCCGGCGGAUAGCUGGCUGCCGAUGGUGAUCAGCAGUCAGGCGCUGCGCGAAAUCUUUGGCUCCCGGACUUCCCUCCUCUCCCUGACCUCCAAAGUGUUGAAGCCCUUUGUGAAGAUGCACAAUCUCUACCUUCUUGGCCAUUUCGAUAUCAAGCCAGCUAAUAUCCUCUACAAGUACCUCCCAGCACAGAACGGCCGUGCGGCAGGUCUCUCGAUUGCCGCAGCCGACUUUGGUAUGGCUUCCAGACUGUACAGCCCGAUGCCGAUCCGAGGGACCCUAUCCUUUAUGGCUCCCGAUAUGGAGCGAGUCCCCGGCGGCUUGACAUCCAGUCCGGAGUUUGACGUCUAUGCACUUGGCCUGACACUUGCGUGGUUCUGGACGUCCGCGACAGAGGUCAACGAGCGCGCACCGUGGGUGGAGAAGUGCAUCAAGCCUGCGCUGAAGCGAUCUGCAGACUCAGGCGGAUCCGUGGCGUUUACCUUCCAGAGAUUCGCAAGCAAGACGGGGCCUAGAAUAUACGAUGAGCAGACACUGGCUGCCCUGGAUGGGUGCUUCGCACUGGGGGGCAAAAUCGAGAAAUUGUACCAUACGGAGAUGCCACUGCUUGCGAGACUCAAGAUCUCUCAGAUGGUCGAUCUAGAUCCACGCGCCAGGUGCAGCAUGCGGCACGCAGAACUCACCUUCAAAGUCUUGUCGGUCACGGAUCAGCUGAGCCGUGGGACUCCAGGAGGUGCAACUGCAGACGCGGACGAGGAGAAACUGAAGAGGCUGCAAGAGAUGCCUCUUAUGAAAUAUCUCUUGUAUUACCUUCACCUGAAGCCUCUGACUGUCGCGCGAGACAACAGGACAGAGUACCGACUCAUCAAUCGUGCGAUGCUGGAGUUUGCCCAGCACACACCGCUGCAUGCGGCAGCAGCGGAAGAAGUCGAGCCCCUGCCUCUGGAUUUUUUUCACGGAGAGAAAGACUGGGCGGCUGCGACGAUAGACAUUACCGAGGAAGAAGUGGACGCAGUGAUUAAAAGAGCGCGCACCGUGCUAGCCUCCGAGACCCUUUCAGCGGAAGGGUGGACCGAUCUGGUUGACAUAGUCUUCGGCGUCACCCCCGAGGGCCUGCGGACUCUCGCAAGGCGGGCGGUUUAUAGACGGAAAACUUUCGUGCUCCAGCAGGAAAUAGCAAAGGCCGUGAGACAGUUCGUCACGUCCCUGUACAAAGUCGAUGCUCCUCUUCAACUCGUUGCAGAGGAUCCACCUCCUCGGCUGUUUGAAUUCGUCCGGGCUGAGCUGGCGCUUUCACCUCCUGAAGCGACCAAACUGGGCAGGCGAAUCACACGCGGAGCGCUUCAGAGUUUCUCCGCUUGGGCUCGAAUAGAUCGCUGCCUGCGUCAGGCAUUCCGUCUCGCCGUCGAGAGCCCAUCGAAUUCGGCGACGCGCGACGCCGCUGCGGCUCUGGAGAGUGGGCGGGUUCCAGCGCCCGAGCAGGAAAAGGCGCUGUACGACGCAAUAUUCUCCACAUUUGAAUCAAUGACAGCUGCGUCGCAUUCUGGGCUGCCCUGGGGCCCGGACGCGGUAUCCGAUUUCGGAGUUGCAGCCGAGGAAAUGAGCAGAUAUGUGCGGAGCACACACAUCGCCCUCAUCGCCAAAAUGUGGCCGUACUCCGCUCACAGGCAGAUUUUGGAUUCUUCAAUCCAGGUUGCGGUCCGCCGACUGCUGGGGGAGCAAGCGACUCUCCCAGAUUCCUUGUCGGCUGUUUACGAGAUGGCGUUCGGCGCGUUGCCACGGUACGCGCAUGUAAACAUGCCGUUUCUUGUCGGGCUGGAGAGAGAGGAAUACACUCGGAUUCUUUUCAACUACAAUCUAUCAAAAUUUAAAGAGGCUGUCGGAGUUGCGGCGACUCGACACGAGCUCAAAAUCGCUGUCGAGAAAGCCGUAGACGCACUGGGCGCCGAUGCCGAGAAGUCAAACGACGAGGAGCUCGCCGAAAACCUGAUGAAAGAGCUCCUUCCACAGCACAUCAGAAUCGCGCCACCUGCGCGCUUUGGCUGGAAAGAGCAAGCAAACAUUCGUACAAGCAUUCUGGACUUUGUCAAGGAUGUAAGGCGCAGGCGGAGCCUCGCAGGACCAGAUAUGGUUCAAGUUCGUAUCCGCAUCAACGGGAAAAGCAAGCCGCCGCGCGACGCCAGUCUCGUCCUCCACGAAAUUCGAAAAAAGCUUGUGGCUUUCAAGUCGGGUGUCUCCGUUAGCCAGUUCAAUGAGUUUUUUACACGAGUUCUCAAAGAAAGUUUCAAUCCGUUCUGCCGCUCGUUCGUCGCCGAACUGAAGAAACGUAUCAAACGCUCACCAGCCGAGUAUGAGACUGUGUCCGGGGACACAGCACUCGUGACACUGUUGGGGCAAGACGGCUCUUCCAUUUUCAAGUUGGUCGCUGUUGAUCCGAGCGUGCAGGGAUCGGCUUCUGAGCCCAAUAAUUGCUUCAUCUGGACACCCGCAUUCCUUGCAGAUGAGAAGAUUAUCGUCAUCGAGGCUGCAGACGCCUGA